UACUACCGGCCGCCCUACUCCGCGCCAGAUCUUCCGAGCACGCUCAGAUAUGGCAUGGUCCCGAUAGCCGUCCUGGCGACCUUGUCUGUGGGGAGUACCAUCACCCUCAUCGGAUUCAUCGUGAGCCGCUUCAUCACCUGGAAAAAUCACUACCGGACCUUCGUUGGCUACAAUCAUUAUGUUGUCUUGGUGUUGAACCUUUUGGUCGCGGAUCUUCAGCAAAGUAUGGCGUUUCUCAUCGAGUGGCAUUGGUUCAGGAAGAAUCGGAUUUUGGCUCCUUCGACUGCGUGCUUUGCGCAGGGUUGGUUGCUUCAUUCAGGAGAUGUUAGUAGUGGCUUCUUCGUCCUGGCUAUUGCAUGCCACACCUAUUACACUGCAGUCUACGGAAGACGCGUCGGCAACAAAACAUUCGCAGGUUGCAUUAUCUUGCUCUGGAUACUGGUUUACUUUCUCACUGCCAUCGGUGUUGGGCUUCGAGGGCACGAAUUCUACUUCACUGCUGCCGGGGCAUGGUGCUGGGUAUCGCCUGCUUUCGAGCUUGAUCGCCUCUGGUGCCACUACGUAUGGAUAUUCGUCGUCGAAUUAGGGACCGUUGCGAUCUACCUCAUGACGUUCCUUGCGUUACGGAAGAAGACGUCCCAGCUCUUAGUCGGCAGCACGAUUUCAAAGUACAGCCCAAAUCCAGCUACCAUCAAGGCAGUGAACCGCAUCACAAUCCUCAUGACGCUGUACCCUCUGGUCUACGUUGUCCUGACAUUACCUCUGUCUGCUGGACGCAUGUGGUCCAUGUCACAUGGCAGCAGACCAACGAGUGACCUAUUCUCCUGUAUUGCAGGCGCACUAUUGACAUCAUGCGGCUGGGUAGACUCACUGCUUUAUACUUUGACUCGAAAGCGACUGCUCGAAGACUCCAUG